ACAAUCGCUUAGUAUCUUGGUGACCGUUGAACCGUGAACAUAUUAUUAUAAUAUUGUUUUUUAUACGUCUAAAAAUGAGAUCGCUAUUAUUCUUGUUAGCGGUGGUUCUGGCGUGCGUGUCGGUGAGCCAUGCGAAGGACCUGAUCGUGGGCACCAGCUUCAACAACCGGUUGCUUCAUCAGGUCAAGGAGGAAUACAAUGCGAUUCCUCUGAAGAAGAGAGUGAAGGAGUUCUUCUUCUCAGACCCCGGGCAGCAGGUGAUCAAGGGUGUGAUAGCGCGCGACCUGGACCACACGGACGCCUCCGCCUCCAUCACGGCCGGCGGCGUGGGCUUCAGCUACGUCAACAUCCGGAUGAAGAGCGAGCGCGGCUCCGGACUCAACUAUCAGAUCGAGAUCUACGCCUAGAGACGUUACUAGUAGUUAUGAGUAGGGGGGUAAACUGGAGUGAUUCUGAACAUAAUUUAAUCAUAGUACCAAAGUCACAAGCGAGAAAGAAAAUUCUAAACUUUAAACAUUUUUUUACUGAAAAAUCUUGCAGUCGGAAAAACAGUGAGUUUGGAAAAAGACAAAAACUCGAUUAGUACCUAUCUACAACGUAGAUAUUAACUGAAUUUACGUUCCGAUUUAAAAAUCGAAACAGAGCUUUGUAUUAAAAUAAAUAAGAGUAAAUUAAAUAAAUAUUUAUUAAACCACAA